UGAAAUUAUAUGUGUUAUCCUCGGAUAUCCUCGAAAGAGGAGGCUUCACAUCCUGGGUUUCACUGCUCUCCUUUUCUGGGUCGAGAUGAACGAAACUAACCAGAACCCAUCUGAGAUUCACAGCUUCCAUGUCAAUAAAGCGCUCAGGAACAACAUCGCUGACUUGAACAAAAAAAGAAAAUUACAGGCAGGGCAACUGGAUUUGCCUAUACCAAAGCACAAAUGCUGGAAUCGCAGCUUUGCUUCUGAACAUGUCUCUGUGUUUGAAAAAAAUCCUGAACUGAAGAGCAUAUUUCCACACAUAAUAACUGGAAAAACAGAGGGAGCAACAGUGGGUGAUGAGUCAGAGACUGAAUCAGUGAAAGAUAGCAAUAAUUUUGCUGGAGAUUGUGACUGUGUGAUGUCUUCGUAUGAAGCUAAUCUCCCACUACAGCAUGCAAAAACAUAUCUAUUCGAUAAGCCUUCCACUUCAUCUGAUAAUAGUGACAGCAAUAGUUCUAAGCAUAACCACCACCCUUUUGGUUCCUGCAAAGACAAGCUGGCAUUGAUGAUUGGGGAGCAUCCUCCUCCCCAUAAUGAUGGAUUACAAGCAUUCCAGAAUCUUGAGGAGCAGCUCCUAGAAAUCUGUAAGGAAGUGGAUUAUACUUGCUCAGAUUAUGGAAACGACAGGAUUGAACAGUAUACAGAUAAGGAACUUGAAGAUAUUCCCUUCUCCAAUGAGGUUAACCCAAAUAUGUUUGUUCUUUCAUCUGGAAGAUGGAGUGUAAACCAAGAUGCUCAAUCAAGCAAUAUUAGGGAACCAACGAUUGAUCAAGAAUUCGAGCAGUACUUUUCCAAGCUUAUGCUGUAGCAAUGGUGACAUAAAAAUGAGUAGCUAAAUGUAUAUAUUGAUUUCUGUUGUAUGCGAGUCUUGUGACUGACGUGAGGAUGUAAAACGGCUUGUUAUUUCUGAUCAUUUCGUUCCAAUGAUCCUCGGAAAAAGAAAAUGUGAGACAGCUCUAUUUAGCUUU